AUGGAGGCAGAGGAGGGGGAGGUGAUGGGUACAACCGACCGACCGACCGACCGACCGACCGAACGGCCGGCCGGCCGGCCGUCGUCCGGUUGCAAGGGCGUACCACUCGGUGCGGCCAGAGGUCAACCGCCACCGGCCGCCAUCUCGCUCGAUACGGGUGGACCAAUGGUCCGCCGUGUCGUGAUGAUGAAUUCCCCGAGGGUCGCCGUAAUUCGUUCAUUCUGUCAGGCACUUGUUAUUGUGGCUUUGGGUGGACGAGAUCGGAGUGGACUCGGACGGCAGACAUCCGCCACCGUUGCCGCCACCGCCCUCUCUGCCGUCGCAGCGGACGGCAAGUUCAUCGCGAGCACGCGCGUACGAUGUCUGGUUUUCGUUGUGUCCGCUCUUCGAUAUGCGAAUCGUAUCUCUUCGAUUUCGAAUUCCAUUUGA